AUGGUGGUGGUGGUGGGGGUGGUGGUGGUGGUGUUCAUGUGGAUGGUGGAAGAGGCAGCGACGACGACGAAGGAGGCAGCGAUCGUGGUGGUGGUACUGGUGGUGAUGGUAGGGGUGGUGAUGGGUUUAGUAGUGGUGGUGAUGGGUGAUGGUGGUGGUUGGAGUAGUGGCGAUGGUGUGACAUUCAAGUUAUUUACAAUGUCAAUCAAAGAUAAUUUCAUAGAAAUUUUGAUUAUAUUUUCAAUCAUUAUUUUACCUUCAUUACAAAACUCACACGGAUACAAAUUAGCAUCAGUUAGUGUGGUAUUUAGACAUGGUGAUCGUAGUCCUGAUGAAAUAUACAAAAAUGAAGAGUAUACAGAAAACGAUUAUUACCCAGAAGGUUUGGGUGGUCUAAUUAAUAAUGGCAAAAAGAGAGCGUAUGAUUUAGGAAAUUUUUUGCGAAAAACCUAUAAUGCAUUUCUAGGAGACUUAUAUAUCCCUUCGGAUGUUUAUGCACGCAGUACCGAUUUUGAUAGGACCCAAAUGAGUCUACUCCUCGUUCUCGCUGGACUUUAUCCUCCGAAGAAACAGCAGCUUUGGAAUUCUCAACUUAACUGGCAGCCCAUACCAAUAAAAAUUAUACCAUUAAAUACCGAUCCAUUUCUUUCUAUAUUCAAUUGUCCAGCAUUUUUAAAUGAAAUAAAUCGUCUCAUAACUGAUCCUGAAUUUAUCAAAGUUUAUAACGAAGAUUCUGUUUUUAAAGAAAAAAUUCGAAAUUAUACGGGAAUAGAACAUCUAGGUCUGUUGGAAUAUGCACAGAUUUAUGUACAUUUGCAAGCUCAAGAAGCAAUGGGCUUGGAAAUCCCACAAUGGUUGAAUGAAUAUUAUCCAACGGGACUUUUAAAAGUUUUAACUAUAACUUCAUAUAAGAUAUUUAAUUAUAAUAAUCUAUUGACAAAACUGAAUGGAGGUACAAUUCUUAAAAUUAUCUUGAAAGAUUUAUUGACUAUGAAUAUAGAUAAGGAAAGGCCAAAAAUCUUUCUAUAUAGUGGACAUGAUCUUAAUGUUAUUUCACUUUUAUCAGCAUUAAAUUUGUGGGAGCCAUUUCCACCACAAUAUUCAAGUGCAGUUAUUCUGGAAAGGUGGGAAAAGAAUUCCGAGAUAUACAUAAAAGUUUUAAUGUUCAAAGGAAUUCCGAAAGAAGUUAUGACACUGAUAAUUCCUAACUGUACUGAAUUAUGUCCUUUGAAAGAAAUAAAUAGAAAAUUCUCAGAUUUAUUAUUGGACACUGAUAAUAUAGAUUGCUUUAGCAGCAUAUACAAGAAAAAGUUCAUUAGUUACAUUAUAGUCAAAUUCAGUGCGAACAUAAUGCUAAAACUACAAUAUUACGCAAGAAUUCUCAUCCUACUUCACGCUUCUAUUUUACUAAGUUUGGAUGAAUCAAACGGCUAUCAAUUGAGAGCUGUCAAUGUCAUCUUCCGACACGGAGAUCGGACGCCAGAGGAAUUAUAUCCAAAAGAUCCAAACAAUCUAAGAGAAUUCUAUCCAAAUCCUCUGGGUGGACUAAUUAAUGCGGGCAAGAAUCGAGAAUAUUAUUUAGGAAAAUUUUUGCGAAAAACCUAUAAUGCAUUUCUAGGAGACUUAUAUAUCCCUUCGGAUGUUUAUGCACGCAGUACCGAUUUUGAUAGGACCCAAAUGAGUCUACUCCUCGUUCUCGCUGGACUUUAUCCUCCGAAGAAACAGCAACUUUGGAAUUCUCAACUUAACUGGCAGCCGAUACCCAUAAUUUCUGUUGAUAAAAACAAUGAUCCCCUUUUACAUCCAAUACCGUGCCCAGCUUAUGUUACAGAAUUUUCACGAGUGCAGCAAACGACUGAAUAUAAAAAUGAUGUUUCAAAAUUUCAUGAUUUAAUGAACAAACUGACAAUUCAUACGGGAGCGAACAUAAAUAGCAUGGAAAAAGUCAUAAAUAUAUUUCACACGCUAACGUCCGAAAAAGCAUUAAACUUAACUAUUCCAGUUUGGGCUAAAGAAUAUUUCCCAAAUGGCCUUCUUACCGAUGCAGCGAUUAACCAAUAUAGAUUAGUCAAUUAUAAUAAUUUACUUAAAAAAUUGUCUCUCUCUCUCUCUCUCUCUCUGUCUCUCUCUAUUCAAGGCACGUUUCUUCGUAAGAUCUUGGACGAUAUGCUUUCUGUGAAAAAAAGGGAAAACCGACCAAAAAUCUUUCUGUAUAGUGCGCACGAGACGACUGUUGCUGCAGCUUUGUUUACAUUAAAUGUGUGGAAACCAAAAGUACCGGAAUAUUCAAGCGCAGCUAUUGUAGAGCUAUGGGAAAAAGAUUCCCAAUUUUAUGUUAAGGUCCUGUAUUAUAAUGGGAUUCCGCCGACAACCGAAUGUCGAAUUAUUCCAAAAUGUGCCGAUUAUUGUCCUCUUGCGCAAUUCGAAAAAUUAAUGCAGGAAGUACUACCAAAAGAUUACGAAAAAGAAUGUUAUGGAAAUUCUGGUAAUAAUUGAUGUAAGGCAAAUAAAUAAUCGAUUUUUAUGUUCUCUGCCUUCACAAUGAAAUAGAAAUAAUGU